CCCCUUCUACUCUGACGCGCCUGCGCAGGAUAGGCCGCCCCCGGAGGCGAUGAGGGUGCUGGUUCAGCGCUGCUGGGGGCCUAGGCCCGUGGGUGGCGGUCCGAGCGGUAGGCCGAUCCCCCAGUGGCGAGCGCUGGCCGGGCUCGGCGGGUUCCCUGGCGGGGAGGAUGGCCGGGCCGUCCGAGUCCGCGAGAAGCCGCCCUGGCGGGUGCUCUUCUUCGGCACCGACCAUUUCGCCCGCGAGACGCUGCGGGCGCUACACGCUGCCAGGGAAAACAAAGAGGAAGAGUUAAUCGAAAAGUUGGAGGUGGUCACAGUGCCCUCCCCAUCCCCAAAAGGACUACCGGUGAAGCAGUACGCUGUCCAGUCUCAGCUUCCAGUGUAUGAGUGGCCAGAUGUGGGAUCCGGAGAGUACGACGUUGGAGUGCUAGCUUCAUUUGGCCGACUUUUGAGUGAGGCUCUUAUUCUUAAAUUUCCCUAUGGCAUCUUGAAUGUCCAUCCCAGUUGCCUCCCGAGGUGGCGUGGUCCAGCCCCUAUAAUCCAUACCGUGCUUCACGGAGACACAGUUACUGGAGUGACGAUUAUGCAAAUUAGACCUAACAGGUUCGAUGUUGGCCCAAUCCUCAAACAGGAAACGAUUCCUGUGCCGCCUAAGAGCACCGCCAAGGAGCUGGAGGCAGUGCUGUCAAGACUGGGGGCCAACAUGCUUAUUUCGGUUUUGAAAAAUUUGCCUGAGAGUUUGAGCAAUGGAAGGCAGCAGCCAGCUGAGGGAGUGACACAUGCCCCUAAGAUUUCUGCUGGUACCAGCUGUAUAAAAUGGGAGGAACAAACUUCAGAGCAAAUAAUCAGACUUCAUCGUGCCAUUGGAACUAUAAUUCCGUUGCAGACUCUCUGGAUGGAUAAUACCAUUAAACUUCUGGAUUUGGUAGAAGUUAAUAGUUCAGUCCUCACUGAUCCAAAAUUAAGAGGACAACCUGUUUUUCCAGGAUCAGUAAUAUACCACAAACAGUCACAAAUACUGCUGGUGUGUUGCAAGGAUGGCUGGGUUGGUGUUCGAUCAGUGAUGCUCAAGAAAACACUAACAGCUACUGAUUUCUACAAUGGGUAUCUGCACCCCUGGUACCAGAACGAUUCCCAGGCUCAACCAAGCCAGUGCAGAUUUCAGACUCUCAGACUUCCAACAAAGAAGAAGCAGGGGAAAAAAAAUUGUUGCUAUGCAACAGUGCAUUAAGUAGUUAGGAAGUAGAUGGACAAGAACCUACUGCAUAUUUGUAAUUUAUUAAAAGCUUUAUUUACAAGGAAUUACCUUGACUAUCAAAGAAGAUGACACUGUUGGAGGGAAAGGAAAGAAGAUUAUUGUCAAAAAGAUGAAUUACCUCACUUCCCAUUUUUUGUUUAACAGUAGUUAAAAACCGCUUUUUCUAUUUGAAUAACAAAAAGAUCCCUAAAUAAAAUUUUUAUUUAUAAUGUGAAA